CUUUCCCAUGAGAGAAAGAUAGAAAGGAACGGGAACGGUGAAGCAAGGCGAGCCGGUGAUCACGUAGUGGGAUCAACAAAGUUACCUGGAUCGACAACAGAUACUUUUCUCGGCAGUAACCACCAAGACACCAUGACGACACGACCAUUCGCAUCGUCCCCAACGCGACCGUCGGCUAUCGGUCUAAUCGUCGUAUUUCUCCUUAUCGUGGCAGCACAAAUAUGUAGCGGAGCGUAUUAUGGCAAGCUGAUCGGCAAGCUGUCUGAACUUCAUCAUGGCGUUAGUGGCGAAGUCUAUGCUGUUGAUGCAAGGACAUUGUUCAUCAAGGACUUCACCUACGAUGGUGAAGGUCCAGCUGCUUUCUUUUAUGCCGGAACUAGUAAGAGUCCAAACAGCAAUGGAUUCCGGGUGCGAGACGAACGAGGAACCACGAACGUCCUCAAGCGCUACCGCAAGAAGGACAUCACACUGACCUUACCGGACGGCAAGACCUUGAACAACAUCAAAUGGUUUUCGGUUUGGUGCGACGAAUUCUCGGUAAACUUCGGUGAUGUCAAAAUACCACGAGGCUUUGAUUACCCAAAACCGCAAAAAUUAAAAGCUUUAAACGGUGUGCACAGUGUCAGUUCUGAGCCCAUUGUCAUCGUAGAUGCUCAGACCCUUUUGAUACCCAGUUUUAGCUACGACGGAGAAGCCCCUGAUGCCAAGUUCUGGGUGGGUGCUAGUCCGACGCCUACCUCGCAAGGUAUUCGAGUGCCCGAUGAGAAUGGGAAAGAGCAGCCGUUACGUCGUUACGAUCGCAAAACGAUCGUCUUGACAUUACCAGGUGACUUAACCGUGCAUCAGCUCGGCCAUUUCGGCGUAUGGUGCGAAGCCUUUGCAGUGGACUUCGGCCAUGUACAGAUUCCGCAACAUAUGAAUGUGCCGCCUUCUCUUAAAAUGCUGGGAGUUUCGCCGCAGUCGAAACUUAACUGCGAAGUUCUCGAGGACAGCUUAGCUUUUGAGGUGCGAUGGGCAGUGGCCGGAGAUAGCAUAGUUGUACAACUCGUAGGAAAACUUGACGCCGGGCAGUACAUGUCCUUUGGAUUAUCCGCAAACAAGGAGAAGAGUAUGAUGGUCGGCGGCGAUGUCACUGUAGCUUGGGUUGACAAGGAAACAUUACAAGGAUACGCCAUCGAUUAUUUCUUUGACGGGAAAUCUCAGUGUUCAGGACAUCAUGGUAGCUGUCCGGAUACGCGUAUUCAGGUGAACACAGAUUCAGUGCAAUUGCUGAACGCUGCGCUGGUGAAUGGCUACAGCAUUGUCACGUACCAGAGACCAUUGAAAGCGAGUGACGAAUUGGACCUCCCGAUCUUGACGAAUGGAUCGCAAGCGAUAAUUUGGGCCAUCGGGCCGCUAAACGAGAGGCAGGAGGUCAGUUACCAUCAUACUGCCUAUUUGAAGACCAAUCGAUUCAUCGAAUUUGGUAGACCGCCCGCGUGGAAUUGCCCCAUGCCUGAUCCAGAGCAAGCUCUGUCUUAUGGUGACGCUAAUGAAACAGCAGGUAACAAUCAACAGCAAUUAGUUGUUACUACAAGAAGACCGCAACGUGUGCCCGCGACUCCUGCACCAGCACCUACGAACGAUGCUUGGGAGAUACCACCGAUUCAGUGUUACGAGCCUGAAGAUGGUAUUUUUUACGCACAAAUGGGACCCACCGGAGGAAAACACGGUUACCCAGCCAUUACCGGUCACGUCGGCUGGGGAAUCUCUUGGUACAUUAACGGAUUGCUGAUACCCGAGAUUAAUGUAGUGCGAGGCAAGAAAUAUACUUUCGUCGUAGAAGGUGGUUUAGAUCCUGACACACCUGCGCGUUAUCAUCCGUUCUAUAUCACGGACGAUCCUGUGGGCGGUUACCAACAUAAAACACCCGAGGAGAAAGCGAAAGUGAAGAUAUUUGCCGGUGUACGUCGACAACGCGGCACAAUUCGACCUAUAGGAGUAGGACGUCUUUGUAACUGGGUGCCGGAUCAAAAUCAACCGCCCGCGGACGAGUUCGCAUCUUUUGGAGCGUAUCAGCGCACCUUGGUCCUCGAAUGCGAUCAUGGCGAGCCUGGUAUCGUGGAAUGGAUACCGGACGAAGAUACACCUGACACAGUGUACUAUCAGUGUUUCACGCAUCGUUAUUUAGGCUGGAAAAUUAACGUUCACGAUAGCUGUGACGUCGGCGAGGCGUCGGCAGCCAGCGAGAAGCACGAGGUGUACGCGGUGCCGAAUGAUCAGGAGCUAGCGAAGGACCAGGAUCUAGAGUACGGCGCCAGCAUAGCCGUAGCGAGCAAGGUAACGCCAACGGCGGAGUUCCUUCAUCAACAGCAUGUUCAUCAUUCUCACCGCGAUUACGGUCAUCGUUACGCCCAUCAUUCGACGACUAACCCCGCCAGCAAGCUAAGCGCCUCACACCAUCCGCAACUACUAACGAACAAUAACAAUUACGAUCGCUUGCAAUCAUCAUCGUCCGAGAUCACAUACGGUGGUGGCGCGGCUAACGCAAUCGCGCCUCAUCCCUCAUAUGAGGCACGUCUGAAGGACGCGCAUCACGCUGACGGGGAGACUCUCCAGCAGCAACGACUGGUGGCAACAAGCGCUCAUGAACAAUCAUCAUCCCUUCACACCGGUCAUCCGCGACUCACGGAGCUCACGCGGGAAACCCAGCAACAGACCACUAACCAGGAAUUGUCUAACCUCGUUGCAGAUCACCAACGACCAUUAAGUCAAGGGUCAAAGUUGCCUUACGCGGCCAGCGUGCAGCAGUACACCCGAGCGCCGCAUCAUUACGCGAGCAAUUACCAUCACUACGUGCGCCAUCAGCUUCCGCCUCAUCGUUAUCAUCAUCAGCCCGAACAAAGGACCCAACUGAUGAUCAUCCGGCGCCCGGUACUAACGCGUCGUCCGAUGUUGCAGACGCUACAGACCACCGGCGUCAUAUCAACGGGCACGUUGUCAGUGCCGUUAUCGUUGCCGUUGCCGUUGCCGGCGCGGCCGAUCUUGAUCGAGCGGAAGAAGUCUGUUUACCGAUUGCCCGUCGCCGGCGGCCCGUUUACGCUGAAAACGACGCCCGACAACAAGGCGGCGCCGCCGUCCGGCACGGCCGGUAUUCCGCUCGAGAAGCUCACCAAAAUUGACACGAAGCAACGCCCGAAACUCGAGGCGAAGGUAUCGGAGAUAAUGCCCGUGGAUGUAUCUAACAAUCUCAUGGGCCCCGCGAGGCUCCUCAAGCCGGCACGUAACACCGGUUUCGAUCCCGAAUCCAUCGUCAUCGAGGGCGGCUUCAAGCCGAUCAUUCGGAACACCGUCGACAGAGCCGAUAUCGUGCAAAAAAGAGUCUCGAGUGCGACGCCUUGGCAGGAGGAAGUGUUCAGAAAGAGUUCGGACUAUCGAACGAUCGACGAGUUCUCACCUGUCUUCGUGCCGUCGCUACCAGUGACGACGUCUCUGAUUGAUAACGGCAGAAAGCGAAAGAAAAAGACGUCUCCUGUGCGCUUCUCAACGCGGUUUGACGACCUCGACGACAUGGAGAUGGCAGCGGACCGAUUGGACGCUUAUUAUCUGCCACCAGUCACAAGCGCAAGAUCGGAAGAGUUGUCGUCGCCGUCCUCCGGCGUCCUCAUCACUUACGACGGUAAGAAACUGAAGGACUCCACCGGCUUGGCCAGAUCCAUCUCCGACAUCGAGCAUCGUAACAAGGGCAAACUGACGUCGGCGCUUCUCAGCAGGACGCCGCAAUUCGGCAAGUUUCAGGGUGAGCUGCCGCCGCUGAUUCCCGGGGAGGUUCGCGUCAACAGCUCUUUGUACGAGAGAAAAACUCCUCGUUUGUCGGCCAUCGACUUCUCGCUGCCUUCUGGUCUUUUUUCAAAGGCGAACACACGCCUAACGCUGGUGGAAAGAUCGAAGAGAUCUCCGCUCGAGAGUCGCACCAUGUCCAGCGUGGACUUCCAACGGGACGACCCGGACGAUCAAGGACCCGGUGAGAACCGCGAACGUCGAGAACCCGAUCGGGUCAGAGCGAUCAGCGGCGGAGAGACGCACUUUAGCAAUCUCGGGUGUACCGUUUUGAUCUUGGUCACGACGUACUUCGCGAUUUGAGGCUGAAGCGACCGAUCGUCCAUCUCCAAUGAAAGUACAUCGUAUUGUCGACGCAGUGUCGACGUCGAAAGCGCUCUCGCGAGACGUUGAUCGUCCGAGUACGCGUGGCUCACGUGGCUCAUUAGCGAGGUAGAAUCGCAUCUGGAAAUUAUUGGACAAUAUACUCCAACUGCGUUAACACGGGGAGAAGGAAUUUUACUAACCACGAGACAUCGGUUUCCUAUACGUAGUACAAUCUGCCUAUCAAGCUCGCGUCUGGUAUCUCCACUUUCGAUCCACUUUCUCGAUCGUGCUCUUCGCGCGAUCGUCACCAGACGAGAUAAAUACAGACGAGUUUUAGACACGGACCCGUAUAAUAUAAAAGUACAAAAGACAACUUAAAUAUCCUUGCAACGUCUUUUGGAUUUAUUAUAACUGGCGCUGGAGGCGCAACAGCAACAGGUACUUGUUGAGUUUUGCUGGCAUAUUUGUAAAUAGGAUAAAAUAAUUUGUUAAUAAAGGUAAUCAUGAUAUAUA